AUGAUAACAAAAAUCGUUGCGUUCAUUGUACUCAACUUAGUUGUGACACUCGUAACAGCAUCUUACCUUGAGUCUGGAGGAGUAAAGAAAUUUAUUAAUACAUUAAUUGAGUACGUGACUAGUGAAGAUUUUGAUCAAGAAAACCCUGAUCAGAAGACUAACUUAAGACCAAUUAUUGGUAUUGUAGCAAAGCCAGCAAUAAAUAAGUCUCCGUAUACUACUUUUAUUAUGGCUGCUUACUCAAAAUAUGCACAAUCUUCAGGAGCAAGAGUUGUUCCUAUUCCCUAUGAUCUUUCUGAUGAAGAAAUCCAGUUUAGAAUGGAAGGGAUCAACGGACUCAUUCUUCCAGGAGGAGCAGACUGGCUCAUGGAGAAAAAUAACACUUUUACAAAGUAUACCAGCAAAGUGAAACUCAUGAUUGAUCAUGCUAAAAGAAUGAAUGAUGAAGGGAUUUAUUUCCCAGUCCUUGGCAUAUGCUUAGGAUUUGAACAGCUCAUACUUUUUGAAGAGCCUGUCUAUGAAAUAUUCGGAGAAUUCGACUCGAGAGAUUUCCCAACUUCUUUAAAAUUUGAAGUUGAUGCCAAAUCUACUAAGAUGUUUCAAAAUAUAGAUGUAUCCCAAGUUAAAGACAAAAAUUUAACAUAUCAUCAUCAUUUUAGAGGAUUCAAUGUGAGCCUCUUUACUGAUACUCCUUCAAUCAAAGAAGCAUACAGAAUAACUUCUACCAGCUCCGACAGAAUAGGUCAAAAGUUCGUAUCUUCUGUAGAGCAUUAUAAUUACCCCUUUUAUGGCUUACAAUUCCAUCCUGAAAAACCUAGCUACAUCUGGAUUAAGGAUAAGAAUAUUCCUCAUAGUCCUGAAGCUAUAAAAUUUAGCCAGGAUCUCAUAAUCAACUUCGUAAAAGAGUGUAGAAAGAAUUUCAACGCAUUUGAGUCCCGUAAGAUCGAAAACAAGCUGAUGAUAGAGAAUGCAUUCCUAAAUCUUACUUUGACCACCAGCCAAGAUAUUUACCUUUUCUAACCAUUUUAUAAAGA